UGCAAAUACGAUGCAGUGAAUACAUAAGGAGUUUCUCCCCUAUUUGCAGUGAAAAAGUACUUCCGCUUGUUCCCUCGAUUAUAAUAUAAACCACCAGAUAACACGAAAGACAUUAAGCAUCAGUACGAACUUUUAACCUCAAUAUGUCGGUAGCAAUACAGGAACAGAACACAGUUAUAAGCCUCAUGAGUGGAAUCGCAACGAGCAAUAUCCCGUAUGAUUCGAUCAUGAUUAAUACCGAGUAAUAUUGUUGACCUUGAAUUAGGAGCCAAAUAAGUGCAUUUCCUAUAGAAAGUCCACUAUCUGUAGUUAAGGUGGACGAUGGGAAAUCACUAGGCUUACAUGAUGAUGUUUAUCCAUGUCAUUUUCGAUUAGAGAAUCUUUCUCCGUUCACAGAGAAGACACCGAUUGAAUAUAGCUUGACAGGCCAUGAGAUAGAUCACAGAGCAGAAGAUCUCCGUGUCUCGAUUCUAACCACCGGCUGCCGCCAAAAAUUGUUCUCAUCCUUCUUCCUCUUGCUUCUCGCACUCCUCAACACCAGCUCUUCACUUCUCAUGAGCACAACAUUCAUCUGCCUAAAUUACAGCAGGAACCUCCAAACACCCAGCUUCCCCAUGUCCACAGUAAGUUUUGCAAGACCCACAGAUUCACCAGCCUAACAAUCCCAGAUAACCACUCCCAUCCUCGAAGCCCUAGACCUUCAUUUCGAACCAUCUCAUGACGUCAUCACAUUUUCCAGCUUCAUACUCGCAAUCGGCGUCUUCACCCACUCAACUUUCUCAUGGAUAUCGUAUGGACCAGAGACUCUCUGCUCUUCACUACUUCUGCUAGCACAAGGAAUAGGAUAUUUGCUCGGCUUCAAUCCUGUGGAGUUAGUGCUCUGUAUUUUUCCGUCGAGUGUUAGUGUUUGGUUAAUUCUCAAUUGGGUACUAGACUUUCUUGCGAGACGUAGGAACGGUUCCUAUCGUCAACAGAUUAAGAAUGAGGGAAUUCCAGUGUGUUUGGUUUAGAAUUGCGAUGUAUGGAUGCUGGUCUUGCGGAAAAGGAGAACGACUGUAAUUUUCCCUUCGACGGCUUAGUCUAGCGGAUGCCUUGUGCAGUUGAAUGAGGUUUUCUCAGAAGGCUACAUAAAGAGGCCAGAAUGUGAGUUUUUUGCAGGAAGGCUAUCCAGGAGAAUUGCGGAAAGAGCACGCUUCAAGUCCUGUGUGGAUUGUAGUUUCGUUCCGAUAUUUCUUCUAAAAUUUAUGCAACGGGAAUUUCAACAUGUGAAUGAAAAUCCAUGAUUGGCUCCUCAUACAUCAUAAAAUUGGACGUAAGAGUGCCUUCUUAGCUCCCAUCAUCCAUUCUUUGUAA